UUCGAACUCACCCUCAAUUCGUAUUCCCCACGCAUACCCCAAUUUCCCUGCGUCUCAACGCAAGGCAACGCAAAUUCUUCAUUCGUGAACCAGAAACCGAAAGAGGAAAAGAAAAGCAGUCUCGGCGGCGCGUGAGGAUCAAUUGUUAGGGUUUCGAAUCGAGGAUGCCGAAGAACAAGGGAAAGGGAGGAAAGAACCGGAAGCGUGGGAAGAACGAGGCGGACGACGAGAAGCGUGAGCUCGUCUUCAAGGAGGACGGCCAGGAGUACGCGCAGGUGCUCCGGAUGCUCGGAAACGGCCGCUGCGAGGCCAUGUGCAUCGACGGAACCAAGCGGCUCUGCCACAUCCGAGGCAAGAUGCACAAGAAGGUCUGGAUCGCCGCCGGCGACAUCAUCCUCGUCGGCCUUCGCGACUACCAGGACGACAAGGCUGACGUCAUCCUGAAGUACAUGCCGGACGAGGCUCGUCUCCUCAAGGCCUACGGUGAGCUUCCUGAUAGCACCAGGCUCAACGAGGGUAUCGGCGCUGGCCUCGACGAGGAGGACGAUGGCGCUGGCAAUGAUUAUAUCGAGUUCGAGGAUGAGGAUAUCGAUAAGAUUUGAAAUAUUAGGGUUUCGGUAACGGUUUUUGGCUUUCUUUUUUUUUUUUUUAAUUGAGAUUAUAUAAUUUUUAUGAUGUGGUGCUGAUGGAAUUGGAUGUAGGUGGUGUUAAGGUGUUGUCUGUCUGUGUACUUUGCCAGAUAUGGAUGGUGAGUGUUAAUGAAAUAAGAUAGCCUGUUAUACGGUGGUAUACUUA